CGAGAAUGAGUUGUUGGAACAUUCGGAAAUUCAUACAAAGGGGAAGCUUUUUAUAUGUGACAUUUGUCAUAAGUCAUUCUCUCAAAAAUGUCAUAUAGUGUGCCACAUGAGAGUACAUACAAAGGAAAAGCCUUACAUUUGUGAGAUAUGUAACAAGGCCUAUUCUGUAAAAUCAACACUAGAUGGUCACAUGAGAGUACAUACAAAUGAGAAGCCUUAUAACUGUAAAGUAUGUAAUUAUUCCUUUGCUUGGCAAAGUGAUCUAUCAAGACAUAUGAGAAUUCAUACAAAGGAAAGACCAUAUAGUUGCGAGGUUUGCAGUAAGGUAUUUGCUGAUAGCAGUAAUCUCUCAAGACACAUAAAAAUGCAUAGAAAUGAAAGGCCUUAUGGUUGUGAUUUCUGCAACAAAGCUUUUUCUCAGAAAUGUAAUUUGUUGACACAUAUAAGAACACAUACAAAGGAGAAGCCUUAUAGCUGUGGAGAAUGUGGAAAGGCAUUUUCACAGAAAAAAGGUUUAGAAGAACAUUUAAGGACACACACAAAAGAGAAGCCCUACAGCUGUGAAAUAUGUGGAAAGUCAUUUGCUGUGAGAUCUGGUAUGAUAAAGCACCAAAGACUACAUACAAAUGAAAGACCUUAUGGUUGUGAGAUUUGUGCCAAGAAAUUUACUGCAAAAGCAUGCUUGGUAAGACACAUGAGAAUACAUACAAAGGAGAGGCCAUAUCAGUGUGAUACAUGUGAUAAGUCUUUCACUUCGAGUGCAAAUCUAGCAUACCACAUAACAGCACAUACAGAGGAAAGGCCAUAUACCUGUGAAGUAUGUAAUAAGUCAUUUCCAUAUAAAAGAGCUGUAGUGUUGCACAUGAAAGUACAUUCUGAUGACAAGCCCUAUACUUGCCGUACAUGUAGCAAGUCUUUCAAGAACAGGACUACUUUAGUAAAUCACUUGAAGAGACAUACAAAUGAGAAGCCUCAUAGUUGUGAAUUUUGUGGUAAAGCAUUCCUAUUUAAAAAUGCUCUAAUGCUGCACAUGAAAAUACACACAAAUGAAAAACAUUACAGCUGUCAAGUGUGUAGUAAAUCAUUUAUUACAAAAGGUAGUUUAGUGAGGCAUCUAAGAGUGCAUUCAAAGGUGAGGCCCUAUAGUUGUGAGAUUUGCAAUAGGUCAUUUUCAGAUAAAAGUAAUGUGUCAAAACACAUGAGAACACACACAAAGGAGAAGCCUUUUACUUGUGAAGUGUGUAAUAAGUCAUAUGCAUGGAAAAAUGUGUUAAUGUUACAUAUGAAAACACAUAGUAAUGAAAGGCCUUAUGCCUGUGAUAUAUGCGGCAAGGCAUACAAAUAUAAAAGUAAUGUAGUAUCUCACACAAAAACACAUACCCAGGGUACCCAGGGUACCCAGGAUAAAAAGGAUACCCAGGGUACCCAAGAUAAAAAGGAUACCCAAAGUACCCAUGAUAAAAAGGAAACCCAGGAUAACCAGAAGAAUUCUAAUCUCUACCUAAUAAUGCUUCCUCCUAUACAUCUAUUAUAUACACCUAUGUCUUUACCCAAUAAUCCCCUGGAGCCAACUCCCCUGGCUGUCAAAAACGUAUGCUCAUAG